AAUUAUAUAUAUGAGAAGUGAGUGACAGCAGAGCCCUCAAUUAAAAAUAAAAUUACAAAAUUUCACCGUUUCCGUUUGUAAAGCGCAGCGCAUCGCCCAGGCGUUCAAAUUCCCAUCUAAUCCGACACAAGUGGUAGAAUCGUUGUGAACCAUGUCAACACCCGCACGCAGACGUCUUAUGAGAGAUUUUAAAAGACUUCAGGAGGAUCCACCAACGGGUGUCUCGGGUGCGCCUACAGAUAAUAAUAUUAUGAUAUGGAAUGCUGUGAUUUUUGGUCCACACGAUACACCAUUCGAGGACGGAACCUUUAAGUUAACCAUAGAAUUUACGGAAGAGUACCCAAACAAACCGCCAACAGUUCGAUUCGUAUCGAAAGUAUUUCAUCCCAAUGUGUACGCGGAUGGUGGAAUAUGCUUGGAUAUAUUGCAGAACCGCUGGAGUCCCACAUACGAUGUGUCAGCCAUACUAACAUCCAUACAGUCACUGCUGAGCGAUCCCAAUCCCAACUCACCGGCUAACUCUACCGCCGCCCAGCUAUAUAAAGAAAACCGACGGGAGUACGAGAAGCGUGUGAAAGCCUGCGUCGAGCAGAGUUUCAUCGAUUAGCCAUGCGCCCACUCUAGGAACAGCAGCAGCAGCAGCAGCAUUAGAAGCAGGAGCCACAACAGGAGCAGCAGCAGAUUUGAGGGCGGCCGCAGCUUAAAACAUCAGCAAACUACAGCAACAAAAAUAUGCAAUACCAUAAAGAAGUUUAAAUUAAAUAAUGACAGAAAUAUUUAUGAUAAUUGUAAUGCUAUGAAAUUGUAACAGCGCCAACGGCACGGCACAGCAGCAUAUAUUCACCCUCAACCGCUCACCCGCUCACACACCUGCGCACACCACCCGCCACCCAUACACACUGGGCAGUUUUUAGUUAUAUUUGUUUGGCCGUUAGUUCCACCUUCUUCCUAACCCGAUCCCGUAAUUAGACGCAGAUCACACAAAAGUAGCAACCACUUAGACCGGCAGUCAAAAAAGGCUCUCGUAAGCUAACAACUCUGAUAUGUUAUAACUUAAAUAGCAGCGUCAAAAAAAUUAUUAAGAAUAAUAAAAAAUAUUAUUAAAACCAUGUCAAACAAUAGCAAGGCCUAAAUAGUUUCAUUUUAGAUGUGCGCAAAGCAAGCCCUGUAAAACUAAACCAAACCAAAACCUAAACAGAAAUUCAUAUUUGUAGUAGUGUCGUAGCAAAACCUCGAAAGUUAAUUGGCAAUUCUGAAUCUGCCUGAGAACCUAUGUAGUAGUCAAAUGUCCAGUGUCCUCAAUGAUAUCUCCCAUAUACACAUACACAUGCUACCUAGAUCGAUUCAUAAGUUUAUUGGCUAAACAUUGUGAAAUUACUAGAAAUUGAGAAUUAAAUGUUAGUUGUUAGCAAUAUAAA